AAAAAAAAAAAAACCACACCCAUGGCUACUGGCUAGUUCCCAUCAUCACUUUUCCGGUACUAAAAUUUGUGUUACUAAUUGAAUUUUAUCUUUGUUUUUGGAUGGUUUUGCAUCAUCAUCAUCAUCAGCUGCUGCAUCGGUUUUGCAAAAUCAACCGCCACCAAAUUAUAUGCUCAACUACAAUUCCUCUGACAAACCCGAGUUUGAAAAUUUCAUCCAUAAUUACGGCAAAAAGAAAUAUGCAAAAUUCAUCCCUGAGAGUUCGAAAGUCGAACCUUUUUUUUUUUUUAAUCUGGGUUGACCGAACGACAUCGUGUCCGUAACAUAAGAGUUUCCUCUCCUCCUCCUAAACUUCAAAACUUGUCCCCAGAAAUGGCGCUCCGGCAAAUCAUCGCUUCUCUUGGAACAUUUGCCGGCAAUUGAGAAACACGGAAGCGGUGAUAGAUAAUGGCUCAUGGACUGAGGCAUGGAUUGCUGUUUUAUAAGGGAGAGGAGCGUGAGCGCCACGAUUCCGGGUUUGUAUUCUAUCUAUUGGGUGGCUACUGAGGAACCUUUGUAAGGAAAUCAGAACAUGGAUAAUUGUUUUGGGUGUUUCAUGGCUUCUUGAUAGAAUCCCCCAAUCAUUAGUUUUAAGGAUUAUCCUCGUCAACAAAAAAAAAAAAAAAGGCUCUGUAUGGAUUUCCUAUAGUAGGAUUCCCUAUGGUAAGAUCACAAGACAUUUAUCAUGCCGAUUUAUACCCGUGGUGGUUCGCUGUUUUCUGCUUUUAAUGCAUACUAAUCAACUUGUUAUUCUGAUCACAUUUCUUCCAUUGUUUUUCUUCUGUGAGCUCGGUUUUGGUUCUGUCAAGCAUCAUACUAAUUGUUCUCCUGCAAGUUAUCAUUACAUUUCGUUGUGUCUAUUCUGUGGCUGGCUAUACAAAUUCUUUUGUAUUUUUACUCACUCCAAUAUUAUUGGUUUUGAACACUGAACUAUGUACUUCCUUUUCAUUCUCUUAUGUUUUCACCUUGUUUAGUCACUUUACAUCCUUCCUCAUCAAAGUCGGAACAUGUACUAUUUAUGUCUCUUGUGAUUGCUCUGUGAACUAUGCACAAUAGGUGGUGUUCAGAUUCCCUCUUUUCUGUCUGGGUGUCUUUAUGUUGGUGUAUUUAUAUAUUCAUUCACUGUAUCGCUUUUUUGUUUUGUGUUGUACUUUUUCUCCAUUCCUUUCAAUUUUCUUUGGACUGAAACUCAACCCGAACAAAUUGACUGUCAUAUUGAAAUUUACCAAACCAUCUUGUAUUUGCCCUGGAUACUCUUUGAUUCGAACCUUUUUAUACCAGUAAGUGCAAAAUGCUGUUGCAAUAUUUUCUCAUCUAUCUGUGAUAGGAGAUGCUUAGAUUUUGGAAGAUAAUGACAUUUUGGUUUGGACAUUAAAAUUUGGCCGAGUACUCCCUAAUCUGUUUUGUGGAUGUUUCCUUUUUUUUAUGAAGUGACUCUUCUUUAUUAACUUUUUACCAUAUUUUAAUUGUUAUAUCACACAUCAUAAACACCUAGAGUUCAGGCAUGCGAGAAACUGCAUGUAAGCUUGUACAAAUCUUUACAAGUCAAAAAGGAAUCAUAUCGUAGGUGGAGGCUUUGUUCUAUUUCUUAAAAAGAAAUCGUUGAAUAUUAUUUUUAUGGGUAAGGUGCAUUUAGAGUAAAUAAAGGAAACAAGAGUCAAAUUGACUUGUCAUAUAAUCUUACAUUACAGUACUAGUGAGGAAAUGAGAGGACAUAUCUUAAAAAUAAGUAGGAAUGGCAUUGGAACCGCAACAACUCGGUUGAGACCUGGGGGAUUCAAGAUGUGCGCAUUAGAGUAAAUACAGGAAACAAUAUUCAGAUUUGAUAGUGUAGUCUCUUACAGUACUAGUGAUGAAAUGUGAGGAUAAAUUUUAAGGAUAAGUUGGUACCGCAUUACUUCUUGGUCAAUUCUGGGAGUAAAUAGGAACCGUUUUGGUUUUAAGGCUACUAGCUAGUUCAAGGAUUUUGGAGUUUAUAGGACCAUUCCAAUCCUUCAUAAAAACAAAUUUACUCUGAACUCCAACACAAUCUCAUGAGAAAAAAUGCAGUGACACAACAUCUAAGUCUUGCCACGUUGCAAAGGAUUGAAAAAUUCGUUCCACAUUGCAGUUUCGUCAAUUAAUGCCAGUAACACCCUGUCUAUUUAGUAAUGUAGUGCCCAGCUGUCACAGUUUCUCACUUCCGAUUGCACGAAAUACUCUAUCUAUUGCUUCUGCUGAUCAUCUUCUUUUCUUUGAUUUCCCUUGAUUUUGCCGUGCUGAGAUACUCUCUGGUAGUUAUCACAUAGGAGGUUUCUCAGCCCACAUCCACUAAUCAUCUAGUAGAUCUUUAUUUCUGAAAUAGCUUGUUUGGAAAAAUGCUACAAACAGAUCUACCUCCUGAACUCUUUUUUGAGGUAUUUUUAAGGGUACCUGCAAAGGACCUUGUCACAUGCAUUCUUGUAUGCAAAUUAUGGCUAUCUAUCAUCAAAUCGCCUAAAUUCAUAAUUACUCAUGUUAAGUAUUUGAAGGAUAUCAGAGCUGAUGACAGUCUCCUCCUUAUUGAGGAACAGUCCGCAUAUGCUGUUUCUGAUGUCACAUUUGCACCAGUGGGAAACAUCAGUUAUUCGCUUCCUGUCAGGCCUGGGAUGGAUCGAGUUUUGGGUUGGUGUAAUGGUUUAGUUGGUUUAGCAUUGAGGUUUGAUUUUGGUUGGAAAGUCAUCCUAUGGAAUCCUGCUCUUAGUAAAUGCAAAGUUAUAGAUGAAUUACUGGAUCAAUCGGGUGAGGGAAGUGAUGGUGGUUCUUGGUCUCAAGCAGGGACAGAGUAUGCGUUGGGGUGGCUUGAGAUUCACAAUGACUUAAAAGUUGUUAAAGUGUGUAGCAGAUCUCACAUCACCGAGAUUUCCAUUUACAGUUUGACCACAGGGACAUGGAAUCCGUAUGGUGGAGAAGAUGCUCCUGCUGUCAUCUUUGCUUGGAGCCAUUUCUUCGCGAAGGGGGCCAUCCACUGGGUAUGUUUGGCAAAAGUUGGGAAUGUGUUGUUUUGUGGAAUCGCGGCAUUCAAUCUCGUGGAAAACAGAUUUAUUAAAGCAAUGAAGUUGCCUAGAGAAUGCUAUGAUGCAACUGAUUUUUUCGAAGGUGGGAGCAUCUUGGAACUAAGAGGCGAGCUUGCUUUUUUCUGCAGCUGGAUUCCAGGAUCUGGAAGGGGAAAUAAUUAUUUUAACAUAUGGGCGAUGCAGGAGUAUGGUGUUGAUUCAUCUUGGAAUAAAGUCUUCACUAUGGAGAUCAACGGAAUAAUCGACUGGCCUCUGGGGUUCACCAAGUCUGAGAGGCUCGUGUGCUUCUUCCAAAACGGAAUUGAUGAAAAGGCUGUCCCGGGAGUGUGCAACUUCAGCACCCGUGAAAUUCAGGUUUUCGAGGGGGUGAACGUAAUCAACAUGGUUCUGGAUUAUAUGGAGACUGCCCUCUUGAUUUAAUUCAGACAAAUUUUUCAGGCAUUGGAGUGAUGGAAAAGAGUUGGUAGUCUGUGUUUUAAGUUUUAGUCUUUGCAUUUGUUUGUUUUCAGUGUUUGUUAGAAAAGGCGUUUGUCGCUUUUAUUUAGUUUUAACUUCGUCAUUUCCCAGCGGUUGCCGGGCUGAUAUAUAUAUAUAUAUAUAUAUAUA